AUGAGUGACGAGGACGACAAUAGUGGGAAUGGCUGGGGAGUCUUUGUGGUUGUCGUCUGGGCUGUAGAGGGCAAGCAAGAGUCGGAUCUGACAACAGCAUCUGGGCUUGAGGGCUUGACGGUGUUUGGGAUUAGCAUAGCGGCGGAGCAAUUUGCAGUCUCUGUCAGAUCUAGGCUUGGAUGGGUUGAUAUUAGCACAAUGCUUGAGGAAGCUGUCAAUAUUUAUGUGAAGUUCUUGCAACUCCAAAUCAAGACAUUCUUAGAAGUACAUAAGCAAAAAAAGCCAAAGACUAUAUUUACAGACCAAGAUCCUGCAAUGGCAAAGGCAUUGGCCGAGGUGCUUCUAGAUACGUUUCAUGGAUUAUGUAGUUGGCAUAUAAUGCAAAAUGGAAUCAAGCAUUUGGGAUACCUGAUGAAGGAUGGCUCAUUUUUUCUUACAGAUUUUGCAACAUGCAUGUAUGAGCACGAGGAAGAGAAAGAAUUUGAAGAUGCUUGGAAUGCUAUGCUAUGCAAAUAUAAUGUUUGCAGCAAUCCAUGGUUGGAAAAGAUAUAUGAAAUUAAGGAGAAAUGGGCUAAAUGUUACAUGAAAGAGUUUGAAAGGGUCGCUAAUGAAAAGCACUAUAAGGAGCUAGAAGCUGAGUAUAAUUCUAGGCAAAAGUUAUCGAGAGUGAAGGUACAAAAAUCACCUGUACUACAACAAGCAGCGAAAAUCUACACUCCAUCAAUCUUUGAAAAGUAUUUCCAAGAAGAAUUUGAUUGGUCUUCAGCAGCUAUUAUAAAACAGCGUGAGGAAUCUACUCAUACACAUGAGUAUACGAUUGCCAUUGUAGAUGAAAAAAGAGAGCAUAAGGAGCAUAAGAGUUUUGGAAUUUUGUGUUGUCAUUCUCUGAAAGUUCUUGAUGUAUGGGAUAUUAAAAGAAUUCCUGAUCAAUAUAUUCUUAAGAGGUGGACUAGGGAGGCAAGAAAUGAGGCUGUUGCAAGCAUGAAUGAAGCCAAAGUAAUGGAAGAUAAGAAAUUGACUAUAGCUGAGCGAUAUAGAACAGCUUGCCCUAUAUUAGUUGAUAUUGCAUCUCGAGCAUCUGGAGAUGAAAAAGCCUUUGAAUUGGUGGGGAUGAGAGGAUGGUUCAAGAAAGUCAAAUUGAAAGCUUACUUCAGAAGGCAAAAGGGUCAACAAGUUGAACCAUCGAAAAAGAAAAAUGAGAAAUCAUCUGAUAAAGAUCAAUCAGUACCACAACAAUCUCAGGUAAAUUAA